UUUUCAGCCCCCUCCCCCCCCCCCCCCCCCGCCCCCCCCCCACCAACACCCUCCUGCUGCUUCCGCUCGAAGCUUCCGCCAUGGGCGAGGGAGAGGACGAGGCCUCGAGCUCGGGCGCCCCCAAGGACCCGAGAACGAUCGCGCGCAAGUAUCAGCUGGAUCUUUGCAAGAGGGCAGUCGAGGAGAACAUCAUAGUGUACCUUGGCACGGGAUGUGGGAAGACACACAUUGCUGUAUUACUCAUGUAUGAGCUUGGACAUCUCAUCCGCAAACCCAGCCGCGAGGUGUGCGUCUUCCUAGCACCAACCAUUCCCCUUGUCCGCCAGCAAGCAAUAGUGAUCGCGGAUUCCACCAAUUUUAAAGUUCAACGUUACUAUGGAAGUGGUAAAAACUUAAGAGACCACAAGGCGUGGGAGAAUGAGAUGGCUGAGUAUGAGGUCCUUGUAAUGACUCCUCAAAUAUUUUUGCGUAAUUUGCGGCAUUGUUUCAUCAAGAUGGACUUAGUCGCACUUUUGGUAUUUGAUGAAUGCCAUCAUGCUCAAGCACCAAAAAGGCAUCCAUAUGCACAAAUUAUGAAGGAAUUCUACAACAACGUUGAUAAACCUCCUCGUGUUUUUGGCAUGACUGCUUCACCGAUUAUUGGAAAAGGUGGGUCUAACAAGCUUAUCUACACUAAAUGUAUCAACAGUCUUGAGGAAUUACUUAAUGCAAAGGUUUGUUCAGUUGAUAAUCUAGAACUUGAAAGUGUGGUUGCUUCUCCUGAGAUUGAAGUGUACUUUUAUGGCCCUGUUGGUCAGUCUAACUUGACUGCAACUUACAGCAAAGGGCUUGAUGGCUAUAAGCUCCAGUCUGAAUGCAUGCUAAGAGAGAGCCUAUGCAAUUUCAAGGAGUCUCAGAAGAAACUGAAGUCUUUAUGGAGGUUGCAUGAAAAUUUGAUUUUCUGUUUGCAAGAAGUUGGUCUUUUUGGAGCUCUGCAAGCUGCAAGGACCUUUCUAUCUUCCAGUGGUGGUUGUCUAGAUAGAAAGGGGGUUGACAUUGAUGACAAUCAUGCCAGUUUUGCACAGCACUAUCUAAAUAAAGCAAUUUCUCUUCUAAGCUGCGACAUAUUAGAUGGUGCUGAUGCUGAUUCAGUUGAUCUAGAGACACUGGAGGAACCUUUCUUCUCAAAAAAAUUUGCAGUCCUUAUUGACGUUCUGUCAAGAUACAGGCUAGAGGAAAACAUGAAGUGUAUUGUUUUUGUGAAAAGAAUAAUUGUCGCAAGAGUAGUCGCACAUAUUCUCCAAAAUCUGAAGUGCCUUGAUUUCUGGAAAUGUGAGUUUCUUGUGGGAUGCCACUCAGGAUUGAAGAACAUGUCAAGGAACAAGAUGGGUUCUAUCAUUGAAAAAUUCUCUUCGGGUGAGGUGAACCUUUUGGUCGCUACUAGUGUAGGCGAGGAGGGACUUGACAUUCAGACUUGCUGCCUUGUUGUGCGGUUUGAUCUCCCAGAAACAGUUUCUAGCUUUAUCCAGUCAAGGGGACGUGCCCGGAUGAAUAAAUCUAAAUACAUUUUCCUCCUGGAGAGGGGAAAUCAGUCUCAGGAGAAGUUGGUUGGUGAUUAUAUUACUGGUGAAAGCAUUAUGGAUCAAGAGAUUAACUUGAGAACGUCAAAUGAUAUGUUCGAUUGCCUUGAGGAGAAUAUCUAUCGAGUGAAUGACACUGGUGCUUCCAUUAGCACCGCUUGCAGUGUAUCUCUAUUACAUUGCUAUUGUGACAACCUUCCUAGAGAUAUGUUUUUUGUUCCUUCCCCAGCAUUCUUCUAUGUUGAUGAUGUUGAAGGAAUAGUCUGCAGACUAAUUCUUCCACCAAAUGCUGCUUUUCGUCAAGUGAACAGUCAACCCUGUCCAUCAAAAGAUGAAGCUAAGAGAGAUGCAUGCUUGAAAGCAUGCAUAAGACUUCAUGAACUGGGUGCUUUGACAGAUUUUCUUCUGCCGGGCCAAGGCUCUAGAAAGACUAAGAUAUCAACAAUAGAUAUUUCAGAAAGCAACAAAGCGGAGGAUGAAAGUUUUAGGGAAGAGCUUCAUGAGAUGUUGAUCCCUGCAGUUCUAAGACCUUCAAGAUACAAACUGGACUGCUUGUUGAACUUGCAUUUCUACUACAUAGAAUUUAUUCCCAAACCAGCAGAUAGACGAUAUCAGAUGUUUGGUAUUUUUGUGAUCGAUGCCCUUCCAAAGGAAGCUGAAAAGUUGGAUGUUGAAUUGCAUCUUGCUCGUGCGAGGAUUGUGAAAGCAGGAAUUAAAUAUUUGGGAAUGAUUACAUUUAACAAAGAAGAGAUGAUGCUCGCACGCAAUUUCCAAGAAAUGUGUUUGAAGGUUCUCUUGGACAGAUCUGAGUUCACUUCAUCUUAUGUUAUGUUGGGGAAUGAUGCUGCAUUACAAAUGGAUUCAACAUUUUACCUGUUGCUUCCCAUCAAGCAGAAAUUCUAUGGUGAUAAAUUUAUGAUUGAUUGGCCAGCAGUGAAGCGGUGUUUAUCAUCACCUGUAUUCCAGGAUCCAAGGGGUUUGUCUCUGCAUGACUCAUAUUUGCCAAAUGAGUCUCUAAAGCUUCUUGAUGGAACAUACAGUAAAGCUGAUGUGAUUGGCAGUUUGGUCUUCGCUCCCCACAACAACCUGUUUUUCUUCGUUGAUGUCAUUCUGGAUGAAGUAAAUGCUAAAAGUGAAUUCAAAGGUGCAACUUAUGCAGAAUAUUUUAAGGAAAGGUUUCAUAUCGAGCUAUCCCAUCCUGAACAGCCACUUUUGAAAGCUAAACAACUCUUCAAUCUGCGGAAUCUGCUGCAUAACCGACAACUAGAGAGCACAGAAUCUGAGGGUCGUGAAUUGAUGGAGCACUUUGUGGAGUUACCUCCAGAGCUAUGCUCUUUGAAGAUAACUGGGUUUUCAAAAGAUAUGGGUAGUUCUUUGUCCUUGCUGCCGUCUUUAAUGUUUCGCUUGGAGAAUUUGUUGGUGGCUAUUGAGUUGAAGGAUGUCAUGUUAUCUUAUUUCCCAGAGGCUUCUCAAAUUAGUGCUUCAGGGAUCCUUGAAGCGCUCACUACUGAAAGGUGUUUGGAGAGGAUCUCGUUGGAGCGCUUUGAAGUCCUAGGUGAUGCUUUCUUGAAGUAUGCAGUUGGGCGCCAUAGCUUUAUUUCGUAUGAAGGACUUGAUGAAGGCCAGUUGACUAGGAGACGUUCUGAUAUAGUGAAUAAUUCAAAUUUAUAUGAGUUAUCAAUUAGAAGAAAUUUGCAGGUAUACAUUCGGGAUCAACAGUUUGAACCUACUCAGUUCUUUGCACUGGGAAGGCCAUGUAAAGUUGUUUGCAAUCCUGAAACAGAAGAGAGUUUACACCCGAAGAAUAUCGACCCCGAUAAACGAGAAAACUGUAACUUGAGGUGUACAAAGUCACAUCAUUGGUUGCAUAGGAAGACGAUUGCAGAUGUUGUUGAAGCACUUCUUGGAGCAUUUAUUGUCGAGAGUGGAUUUAAAGCUGCAUUUGCAUUUCUACAUUGGAUAGGAAUAAAAGUUAACUUUAAAGAUUCAGCUCUUUAUAGAGUAUUAGAUGCAAGCUCUGCCAAUUUGUCUCUCAUGAAUUACAUCAACAUUUCUGAGCUUGAAGAACUGAUAGGUUACAAAUUCAAGCACAAGGGUCUGCUUAUCCAAGCAUUUGUACACCCUUCAUUCAAUAAGCAUUCUGGAGGAUGCUACCAGAGGAUGGAGUUCCUUGGAGAUGCUGUUUUAGAAUAUUUGAUGACCUCAUACCUCUACUCAGCUUACCCAGAUCUCAAGCCUGGCCAAAUAACAGAUCUGAAAUCAUUAGCUGUCAAUAACAAUUCAUUUGCUCAUGUAGCAAUUAAGAAAUCUAUACAUAAGUAUCUUAUAAAGGAUUCUAAAUAUCUUAUGGCAGCGGUAAAUAAAUUUGAGAAUUAUGUUAAUCUUUCUAAUUCAGAGAAAGACUUGUCAGAAGAACCAGCAUGUCCAAAGGUUCUUGGUGAUAUUGUUGAAUCUUGUGUUGGUGCGGUGCUUUUAGAUUCUGGCUUCAACCUGAACAAUGUUUGGAAGCUAAUGCUAAUGCUUCUAAAGCCUAUAUUGAGCUUCUGUGACAUGCACAUUAAUCCUAUGAGAGAACUCCGUGAACUUUGUCAGUGUAAUGCUUUUGAGUUAGGCCUUCCCAAACCUACAAAGGCUGAUGGAGAGUUCCAUGUCAAAGUAGAAGUUAACAUAAAUGGCAAGAUGAUUAGUUGUGCAGCAGCAAACCGGAAUUCGAAAGAUGCUAGAAAGUUGGCUGCACAAGAUGCACUUUCUAAGCUGAAGAAUUAUGGAUACAAGCAUAAAAGCAAAUCACUAGAGGAAAUUCUGCGUGUUGCCACAAAAAAAGAAUCAGAACUAAUAGGCUAUGAUGAAGAACCAAUCAAAGUUGAAGAUGACAUAUCUUUAGAAACUAAGAAUCUACAUGCGAAUAGAGAAAUGGAGGGAAACAUCUUUUUUCAAAAUAAUGAAGCAUCUUCCAUCAGGAGGUAUGAAACCUCCAUUCAGAGUACAGGAGAUAACAAGGUUGACAAUAAUGAUGCUAAUGAUGGAAGGAUGAAUAAGUCCAAUGUGAUUACACAGAAUGGUUGUCUACUUAGAGGGGGAGCUGAUAAAAUAAACAAAAAAGAGUAUCACGGUGAUAUGGUACACAAAACAGCAAGGUCAUUCCUUUAUGAACUAUGUGCUGCAAACUAUUGGAAACGUCCUGAAUUUGAUCUAUGCAAAGAUGAAGGACCAAGCCACCUUCGAAAGUUCACUUUCAAGGUUCUUGUUCAGAUCAUGGGACCUUCAGCGACUAUUUUGGAGUGCUACAGCGAUCCUAAGCUACAUAAGAAAGCCGCGCAGGAGCAUGCCGCCCAGGGGGCUCUGUGGUGCCUCAAGCAACUUGGAUACCUACCAAAAGAUGAAACUCGUGUCUAGCAACAUUUCAGGGUUUUGUGGCCUUCAGUUAUAUAGAUAGAUAGGCCCCAUAUGUUUGUUAAGAUAUGCUUUGUAGACUCGGGAAACAGUUGUGUUAGGCCAAACAUGCGUUCUGUUGAGAGAUGUAUUGAUAAAUGCGCAGCUCUUGCAUCACGUAUAUAAAAGAUGCAAUGGCUAUUUUGUUCA